AACAUUCGUCCAGCCGGUGGCGGUCGCGCACCACAACGCUGUUUGCCACCAAUAUUAAAAACCUAAAAGAAGUUACGCCACAUAACCAGAGAGGAGACCGUGUAAACUAUUUCCAUUUUUAUAUGGACUACAGCACCAGAAGAGUUUUGACAAGUUUGCAACGUGCGCAGUUUUUAACAGUUUUUCUCAUUAGUCGCUGUUGGCGGAUGGAAACCAGUUCAUCGUCAGCUAACAGCUGCUGCUCACUAACCGGCGGAAGCUAGCUUUAAACAGAAUGAAUGCGAGUCUGUGGAAAUUAUAUUGUAUCGUGGAUUAACUUCGACAAAGCGUCCAUAAAGCCAACCAUGCUUCCAAAGAGACCGGAGAUCUGGACCUCAAAAGGCAGACUAUCCGAUGCGAAGGAUGGAUCGUCCUGUUGAAACGGUACUACGGACCAACAGACUGUGCUUGUUUUCCUCCAGAGUGCCUCAGUUCAGAGCGAUCCUCCUCGACUUCCUGUUCAUGUCCAGGUCCAGCCGGAGGUACAAGCCCCUGCAGCAGAGCAACGGCAGCGGCUCUUUCCCCGCCUGUGACCGGGUGCGGAUGCCCCGGGCCCGCGUGCUGCUGCUGUGUCUCCUCGCGGUUCUGGUGCUUGCGGUGGUGCUCGGAAUCUACGUGUCCAACGACACCACUAGUGGACAUGUGAACCGCAUGCCGGCUCCAGAUCUAACCAAAGACAGGUUAUCCCACAAACCCAGCAAGUGCUCUGCAGCUCAGAUCCGCCGUCUGGCCUCCCAGGUGGACGGUACUCGCCUGUGGGAGACUCACCUGAGGCCCAUCCUAAUAGAGAGGCUCCCAGGGACACAGGGCAGCCUGGCUGUACAGCAGCACAUCACCGACACUCUGUCUUCGCUGUCCGCUGGCUGGGCCAUAGACUUAGAUUCUUUCCGGUCUUCAACCCCACGUGGCCAGGUGGCGUUCACCAACAUCAUUGCCACUCUGGACCCCUCUGCCCCUCGCAGGCUGCUCCUGGCCUGCCAUUAUGACUCCAAGGCUCUGCCUCCGGACCCCCGGGCCCCAGAGAAGGUGUUUCUCGGUGCCAGUGACUCAGCAGUGCCCUGUGCUAUGAUCCUGGAACUUGCCACCUCUCUGGAUGCCCAGCUUAGAUCAUUCAAACAGCAGAAACUUCCAGUGUCCCUUCAGCUGGUGUUUUUUGAUGGGGAGGAGUCGUUUGAAGAAUGGACCGCCACCGACUCGCUGUACGGUUCCCGUCACCUGGCUGAGCGCAUGGCCAACACGCCUCACCCGAUGGGCUCCACACGCACCACCAUGCUUCAGGCUGUGGACCUCUUUGUGCUGCUAGACCUACUCGGUGGUCCCGAUCCACUUAUUGCAAAUCAUUUUGACAACACGGCACGCUGGUUUGAUCGUCUGAUCGCUGCAGAGAAGAGACUCCACCGACAGGGUCUUUUGACAUCUCAUCCCUCAGAGCAGACAUAUUUUAGAAAGGAUGUGUACCUUGGACCCGUACAGGACGACCACAUCCCCUUCCUUCACAAAGGUGUCCCUGUGCUACAUGUCAUCGCCACUCCCUUCCCACAGUUCUGGCACACACUGGAUGACACAGAGGAGAACAUGCAUCGGCCCACUGUGGUGAACCUGACCAAGAUCAUGGCUGUGUUUUUGGCAGAAUAUCUGGGCUUCUGAACAACAAACUCUGACAAACGUUUGUGGUGAUUGUCCACGCAGUUGAAGACAUGAAGGAACGUUCACCUUUUGACCCUUUACUGGAGGACAAGUGCUGUUGUGCACAAAUAAUUGCUGGAUGACCAGCAUGAAUUGGACCCAAAAGCACAAAAGAGGAACCUGGUGAACUUAACUGAACUGUGCUGCAUUUUACCAAAGGCUUGGCCCCAUUGGACUGACUAGUCUCAUUGUCUGACCAGUCUGGGUAUGUGACGUGAACACAAAGAGACUUAAAUCUAGUAGAUCUUGGUACUGGAGGAUCAUUUAGGAAAGUCUGUGAAUCAGUUUUUUUUUUCUUUUUGCUUCAUUCCUGUGGAAAAAAAAAAUCAUAGUUGUAGCAUUUGUUCACCCUGUUAAUAUGACUGGGUUGCACUACUUUCUUCUUAAAGACAGACUUUGUACACAGCUCUCUGAGCUGCUUUUAAUACUGUUUAUACAGUGACAAUGGUGAAGGACAACCAGGUCAUAUCUGUGAAUUAUUCUGUUGACUUUACCUUCACUGGAGUGAGGAUCCUCUUGGCCUUACAGCCUGCUGUUAUUAUUGCUAUCUAUAUUAUAUGGCCAUGCUACACAUUUUGUGUCAGUGCAAUGAUGUUAUUAUGGGUGUGUGUUGAGUGAGUACACCCUCCAAAGUGUGGAUGAACACAUGAACAUGACUGUGAUAUAUGA